AUGAUAUCGAAUGAUUUAACUCCACCAAGUCCACAUGCAUCAAAUAUUCCAACAACAAUUAAUAUGUCACAACAACAAUCAAAUCAAGCACCAUCAGCUAUAACAGUAUUAAUUCAAACCACAAAUGACAACAUGAAUGAUUUAGGAGCUGUCUCAUCUGAUGAUAAUGGUGAACAACAACAACGUGAACCAUUACAUACUAAACAACGUAACCCAUUAACUAUUCAAGAAAGAAAAAAAAUCCAUAAUCGUAGUAAUACAUUGAAACAACGACAACGAUCAUAUAAACAUGAAAUCAUACAACGUGAUAUAGAUAAACGUUUUACAAUUACAAAUAUUAAAAAUAUUCUUCGAAAACAUAAUAUUAAGUUUUGCGCCAUCAAUACUUCAAUAUCACCAACAACAAAUAAAAAAUCACUGUAUAUUGGAAUAAAAAACGAAAAUCUAUUAUCAAAAUAUAAAGAACAAAUCAAACAAUUAUUUACAAAUACAUAUUAUAAACAAUACAAACAUGUAUAUAGAUCAUCUAAUUAUAAAGAUGAUCGACGUAAUGGUUAUCAGCAUCGUAAUCAAACAAGCUGA